AUGGAAAAUAUUGAAAACAUUGUUAUAAAAAUUAAUGACAGAGAAUUCAAUCAAAUGCUUAAUGUUGAUCUAAAAUUAUCAAAAGUUCCUUUAUCAAAAAUUCUUGUUGGCAAUGAAUUAUUUAUUAAUGCAUCCAGAAAUGAUAAACCUACCGAAGAAGUUUCAUUUCAAAUUGAAGGAGUAGGGCGUCUUGAGGAGUUGCCUUUAAAUAUGAAAUUGGACAUAGUUAGAUUAUUUGUUUUAAAUAAACGUUUAGGUUAUGAUAAUUAUUCAUUUUUACAUCCAAUUUGUGGUGAAAUAGGAUUAAUUGAAUCUUGUGAGUCUGGAUUUAAUAUAGCAACAGAUGAGGGAACUAAAAAAGCUCCUAGAAAAGCAAUUACAAUUAUAAAUCCCAAAUCUGAAAAAUGUGAUAAUCCAGAAAUAGUGACAUCCCUUAAAGAUUGUAAUGAUGAACAACAAAAUUUAUAUACACGUAACAUAGGUGGCAAAAUAUUAUCAUCAUUAUUACCAUGGUUGUCAUUUUGUAUUAGUUUAGAAAAUUCAAUUGAACUUGAAAAGAAACUGGACACAGUUACUUCAUAUUCAAUUCAGAAAUCAGAACGUGCAUCAAUUGAAUUUACAAAAUCAAAUUAUUAUUUAAAACCUGAAUUUGAAAAAGAUGUUAAAUCUGCAGUUGAUCCAAAAUUAUUAUUGGAAGAAAAACUUGAGAAACUUAAGGAAAUCAUUGAAAAUUAUGGUCAAUUUAUAUCUAAAAAAAUUAUUUUUGGUGGUAAAAUUAUAAAACAACUUACAAGUGAAACAAAUCAAGCUGGAAGGUUAUAUUCAAAUACACAGAAUGUUGAAUUAAAUAUAAAUCCUCCAGGAAUUUUUGGUGCUGAUGCAUCUGCAAGUAGAACAAAAUCAGUAAAUGAUAUUACAAGAUCAAGUGAAACUAUAUCAUAUAAACGUAUAAUAGGAGGAAAUGGAAAUGAUGCUAUUUUAGAUGACUGGUAUAACUCUCUUCGUGAUCCUGACCAGUGGGGUAUAAUUGAAUAUGAAAAUAUUAUACCUAUAUUUGAAAUAUUACCAGAUGAUUUAAAAAACCAAGUAUUAAAAAUCAUUGGCCAAAAAAUACUUGAUGUUAAAACUUGUGAAAUUGUCUAUGAUACUUCAAAAAAUAAAAAUAAGGCUUAUGUUCAUAAAUUAGUGCAUAAUAUUUCAGAUAUUGAUAAAUAUAAACAUAUCUUAAAAAUUAGUUAUAUAAUUGUUGGAUAUGGCUUUAGAUCUAAACCUGGGUUAGAUAUUAGAUUUAUUGGUGAAGAAAAGCAAGUUAAACGUGAUAACAAUAGAUUUAUUGCAGAAAUUGAAAGACCAACACAUGAAGCAUCAAUAAUUGGAUCUUGUGUGAUUAAAUCAUAUCACAAACCAACUAAUCCAGAGGAUUCAAAAAUUAUCAGUUUACAUUUCCAUCCAUCAGAUAAAAAAGUCUGUAUUCACAGUUAUGACCUUAAUACCAAAGAAAUAAUUGAACCCUCCUCAAAUGAUUGUUAUAUCCAUUAUAGUACAAUUGAAUAUUCAGGAUCUGAUGAACCUUAUGGUAAAACAAAGCUCACUUUUAACAAUGAUAAAAAUUUUUUUAAAAAUGAUAAAAAUUCUCUGUGGAUAAAAUAUGACAACUGUACACAAAAUCAGUCGAUUUUUAUGAAUCUACUGUUUGAUUGUAAUGACCAACCAGUAGUAAAACCAGUAAAACCAGUAAAACCAGUAGUAAAUGUAGUAUUUAAACCUAAUGUUAUAUUUUCAGCACUUUGUGAAAAAACUUGUAUUUCAAAUAAUGACGUUUUGAGCUUUUUAAAAUUAUUAAUUGAUAAUGAAAAACAAUCCACAGGUGCUUCAAAGUAA